AUGUCUUUCGCCUAUUCUUCAAUUGGAGUGGUUCUCUCCAUAGCAAAAGUUGCAGGUAAGCAGUUUCCAACACUGACAGUACUGUUUCUGAUUAUGAGAAAGAAACACAAAGAAAGAUGUGGUCAGAAGUUUCUUUGUGUGGUUUCCAUUCACUUUAUCAUGAUCAAGAAAUCUGUGCAGGAUAUCUUAUUAGACCUAAAAUUUGCUAGAGGUGAACUCCAAAUUCCUCCUCUGAAAAUCUAUGAUUACAGCGAUUUGAUCCUGAGAAAUCUCGUCGCGUUAGAGCAGUGUUGCCCUGAGUACACAAAGCAAAUCUCGUCUUAUGCUCUUCUUAUGGAUAACCUAAUUCGGUCCAACAAGGAUGCGAGACUUCUUCAGCAGAGAGGAAUCGUUGUAAACCGUUUGGAUUCCGAUGAAGAGGUAACCCCUCUCUUCAAUAACCUCUGCAUGGAGAUUGAAGUGGAGGAAUCCUACUAUGUGGGUCUCUGCCAACAUGUGAAUUUGUAUUGCAGUAGCAAUUAG